UUUAGCACUCCUGUUAAUCUUUGCAAAGAGUAUUUACAUGCUAAGCACCAAGAAGAAUUAGACCAGUAUAAUAGAUGUUGUCAAGACUGCGCUUUCCCAUCUACUCCUAUCCACGAGCCUGUUAAUACUUCUACUAGUACUUCAGAAUUAGAAUCAAAAACUCUACCACCACUAGAACCAGACUCUACUUUAUUAGUAGUAGAACAAUUGAAACAACAAGUAGAAACCCAGAAUCAACUUAUCCUGCAGCUUCAGCAAAAG